CAUGUGAAAGCAUAGACACUUCUCGCUCAAUGCGAGACUUGUAGUAACCUUCUGUACGAUGACGUUUCGCAUCUGUGUUCGCUGUGAAUUUCCGGAUGACCGCGGAGCUGGGGAAUUCUUGCCGGAGCAUCCCGCAGCCGCACUAACUCCACGAUGACGAUCAUUAUCCCAACCUCAGUGGUUUUAUCGUUCCUCGAAGUGCAUCUCUGUUCCAACAUCAAACCCCGGUCUCAACAUUCAUACAAGGAGCUGGGCUCUUAAAAUAGCGACAGCCUCGUUGCCAUCGCCCGUCACCAACACCACAUCCGCCUGUUCACGAUGGUUGACGCCACCCCGAAGAAAAGCGGCUUCCGCGCUAUGUUUGGGAUGCGCUCCAGUAGCUCCAAAGAGCCAGGGACACGCAGAAAACUGACAAAGAAGGGCUCGCGAGUGGACAUGUCAGCAGCUGUCACAGAUCGCCGGCGGCAGGACUCGGGGAGUUUCUCAAGCCAAUAUAGCGGAGAAAACGCUAGACAGCGCGCAGCCCUGCCAGCAUAUGAAGAUGUCACAGGUGAUGCGCCUCAUGUCUUCCGAGACGACCCUUAUACAGCAAUCAGAUCCCACAGCGCUGUACCGGUGUACGUGGAAUCCGAUGCCGAGUAUCGCCGCAACUCAGAAGGGCUACAACAAUUUGCUGCUCCAUUGUAUCAAACCACCACCGCCAACUCCGCAAGAACGGGUUCUUUACCGCAAAUCUAUCAUGAGCGAUCGGAAUAUCAGAGUCGAACACCGAACCAGAGACCACCCCCUUCAAAGCUAAGCAAGGCUCACCGAGCGCCUGCCCGCCGUGAUGACGUUCUCGAUAAGGACACUGGUGAACGCAAGGAUCUUACAGAUAUGAUGCACGCUUUCACUUACAACGAUGCUCUUGACUCGGUCGAUGAAGUGAGCCAUCAUCACGAUGAGAUUUUCUAUGACCCUACCAAGCCCGAUGGAACAGCUAUGUUGGGUGCCGUUUCUCCGGAGAUAUGGCUGCACGUGGCAGAAUAUAUGUCACCUCUUGACGUUGCACAUCUCUCUUCCACCUGUCGCACGAUGUUCACCCGGCUGGGUCGCCAGCCCUAUAAGUUGCUCUUGGAACCUCAAAACCGUCCCGAUCGUCUCGACUUUCUGCUAGCAAUGGACCACAAGCUCCCUCGACAUCUCCUUUGCUUUCCAUGCGCUCAGUGGCAUCUACGAAUACAGCCAGGACUUGAAACACUUAAACCUCACAACGUACUUAAUCCACUGUUUGAGUGCCCGAACUUCACAAACAAUCUUCUUCCGCCUCCAAGGAUCCGCAUCAGCGAGGGGCGCACACUGCCAUUUGCAUUUGUGCAGCUAGCAAGGCGACAUUGGGCCUUCGGGCCCGAGUACGGCAUCCCACAUCACUCGCUUGCAAGGCGUUGGAAGGACACGAGCUCUCCCUGGGCGCAUGAGAGCAAGUACCAUGUUACCGACAAAGGACACGUAUUGAUGCGGGUCAAAUCGCAAGCGUAUGUUCAGGGUGGCAUGACAACGGCAGGCAAACGGAUGCUGCUGUUCAGCAGAGACGAUUACACACCUUACUUCAGUGUAUGCAGUCAUUGGAGGAAUGGCGUGCUAACGUCUAUCCCAAAGUGUGCGAUUGAUCAUAUUCCUGUAUCGGAAGUAAAUGUGCUCAAUGGGAUCAAAGAUCACCUAGCUCCUAAGAAGGCUGUAGGUAAUGUGCCUUCGUGCCACACGUGUCGGCCCAUGCGCCGCUGUCCGGAAUGCCCUACGGAGUACUUGGUGGAGCUCAAGAUGGUCGAAGACAAGACGGUGAAGAGUAAUGGUAUCGAGCGAUUCAAGCAGGCGCUCGUAGUCACGAGAUGGAGCGACCUCGGACCCGGACGGAGCCCCGUGGAUGCUGAGUGGGCAGCGAUCACUGGCGAAAACGAAGGAUACGAUAGUUUCCAGGAGAUCGGAAGAAGGGCUAUCAGCGGUGUUUUCGAGAGUGCAUUCACGGAUACGACACCCGGACAGAGAAUCGUAACAAUGAAUCCUAAGAAGGUCAAAGCGAACGACAUAGGAGGCGAAUGGUACUAGGCCCGUGAGCGAACGACGCAGUUGCAAUCACCCCCUAGCGGCAGCUUUAAAAGAGUAUUGUAUACCUAGUCUCAUCAAUUACAAUCAUAUAACGCGUCAAUGAGGAAGCUCGAC